AUGCCCACAACUACUGCUCACCGUGCACACACAGAAAUGGUGGUCAUCGGAGGCACCGUAGAGACCGCGCGACGCGUGUCCAUGUCGGCUUGGAACGGGUUCGUUGACUCCUUCUUCCUCACCGCGCACUUCAGCGAGGACGACUACCCUUAUGACUGGCUUAUGCAUUGGCUGUCCAAGGUCCGCGAGCCAACCCGCCUGGGGUCGCAGCCGCGAAUUCGAGAUUACGACGCGCAGUGUGAACCGCACGGCAUGAGCGAGCCGACGACGGGAGAUGUGGAGGAGGACGACGAGUGCGGGGACGAUAACGACCUCGUCCAUGGGAGCAGGAAACGCAAGGUGGCGUUCAUGCCGAGCGCUCGCGCGGCCACUGGCUCAGGUAAUAACGCGUACACAGCGUUACCGGAUUACGGACACGGCGCCGCUUUGAAAGUCAGCGUCGUCGCGCGCAACAAUGAUAUCCUGAAAAAGCUCGUCCUCGAGGCGAAGCGGGAGUACGAGAAAGACGCCGAGCACCGGUCCAUAUCUUCAUGGCCGACACCGGCCGAUGACAUCUAUCGUCCUGGAGCCGGAGUGAAGGAGAUGCUGCUGGCGGACUGCAAGGACUUUUUGUGCUCGGAGGAGUGGGAUCCACUAGGCAUUCCUUUCCGCCGCGGCUAUCUGCUGCACGGUGUACCCGGAAGCGGCAAGACUUCCCUUAUUCAUUCGUUGGCUGGUGAACUAGGUUUAGAUAUCUAUGUCGUCUCUCUCUCUUCCAAGGGCAUGAGUGAUAACACAUUGACUACUUUGAUGGGCCAUGUUCCAUCCAGCGCGACUCCGCCGGCUGAGUCUGACGGCUCGACUCUGAGUCUGAGCGGACUUCUGAACAGUCUGGACGGGGUCGCUGCUGCCGAGGGUCGGUUGCUGUUUGCCACGACGAACCACAUCGAGCGUCUCGACCCCGCGUUGAGCCGGCCCGGGCGGAUGGAUGUGUGGGUCAAUUUCACUCACGCCACCAAGUGGCAGGCCGAGGGCAUUUUCAAGUGCUUCUUCCCUCACUCAGCCAAAGCGCCGCCCGCCGAGGAGGCCGACGCGGCGAAAGACGCGUCGCAGAAGAACCUGCCUGUGCCGAAGCGCAAGGCGUUCAAGCACGCCGUUCCCAUUCUAAGUGAAGCUGAGAUUGUUGAACUUGCCAAGCGAUUCGCAGCCGCCAUCCCCGAAGACGAACUGAGUGUCGCCGGUCUUCAAGGAUACCUGCUCAAGAACAAGACCCGUCCCGCGAAUGCGUCGACGAGGUCGCCGAGUGGGUCAUCUCCGAGCGCGAAACUCGCGAAAAGCUCAAGAAGGAGAAAGCCGAGGUCUCUUUCUGCAGCUUCUCGCGAAGCCAAGGAGAAGAAGGAAGCCGAGGAGAGGGAGAAAAAAGAAAAGGAGGAAAAGGAAGCCAAGGAGAAGGAGGAGAGGGAGACCAAGGAGAAACUUGAGCGCAAAGAAAAGGCUAAGAAGGCGGCCGCCGCUGCCAAGAAACUCGGGGAAACCUCCGCGGCUGAGCAAACCUCCACCGCUUCGAGCAGUGAAUCCGCGACGGAAAGCUCAAGCGGGGCCGAUGCUGACACGGAAUCCGUCGCUUCUGAGGAAGAGACGGAUGACACCCCAAGAAGGAGAAAUGGGUUGCGGUCAAGCCUCAGCCCCUAUCGACAGCGGCAGCGGAAUCGCAGACUGAAGCAGUCAGCGACGUCGAGCCGAGCGAAGAGCCCUCCGGUCCUUAAAUGCAUGUGAAUAUGCGCGCUUGCUCUGGACUGGAAUGGCUGUUUGCUCCAUGCUCCGCUUCCCGAAAUGGGAUCCCGCCGCUGAAUCUGUCUCUCCACGCAUCUACUGGUUCUCGAUUGUGUGUGUGUGUCUGUGUGUUCGGUCGUUAGUUACUCUGUGCUUGUGAUACGUUAGACGGAAUGGCAUCUUUCUGCGUGGCUUUCGCCGCCCG